GCUGAACUAUGGAAUCUACGGCGUUAGUAGAGCCCUGUUUUCUACACACUCUCCGCUGAUACGAUUUUGGCGUCUGUCAUGUCCCGGGUCAUGUCUUCCUCUCUCUAGCUCUCUCUCUCUCUCUCUCUCCUGUCAGAACCACUGUCAUAGCUACUUCAUUGUCGUCGGCAUCAUCAUCGUCAUCAUCAUCGUAUUCAUCGUGACCACCAUAUUUAUUCACACCCAUGCACCUGUUGUAAGAAAUGCGAACACUACUUUAAGUAGCAGAGUAGUGUACGGCAGGGUUUACAAGUUACGGUGUCCGUUUGUGUCCUUGUAAAGUGUUUUCUCGGUGCCGCCACAGUUGAUGAAUUGGGUGUUGCCAUGGACAGUGUUCCACUAGAUCGACUUGGUACUCUUCUCAUUGUGACGCUACUGUGUAUGGUAGGACUGCGGUUCUUAAUUUCUUGGAUCAGAGAUGGGAAGAAAAUAAAGCUACCUCCUGGCCCAACUGCAUGGCCUCUAGUUGGGAGUAUACCGUUUCUGAUCAGGUCGAAGUUACCGCCCCUCGAUCUUCUGACCGCUCUGGCCGACGACCACGGGGACAUUCUGCGCCUUCGUAUCAUGACCACGGAGGUGGUCAUACUGAGCAGUUACGACAUCAUCAAAGAGGCUUACAAUCAUCCCAACCUCCAAGGCCGUCCCAGGAUAGUACCGAUUGAAGACUACAUUGGUCGUCGAAACAUAGGAGUGGCGGGUUCGUCGGGGCCUGUCUGGCGAGAGCACAGGCAAUUUGUCUUCUCAGCGUUCAGACAUUUUUCUACCGGACCGCAGAACAUAGAUCACAUCAUUCAUGUUGAAGCCAGGACGCUAGUUUCAGAAGUCUCUACGUUGUCGCGGAAGCCAUUCAAUCCACACAAGGUUUUGAACAAUGCUGUUUCAAACGUCAUUGCUGUUAUGCUCUUUGGAAAGGCCUACAACUACGCUGAUGACGACUUUAAUCAGUUGCAGGAAAUCAUCAACACCAACCUUCAGGAGGCUGCCUCGGGAGGGAUUUAUCUCUUCAUUCCUUUCUUGGCGAAGGUUCCAUUCAGCCCGGCCAACAAAAUCAAGCAAGGGAUUAAGAGAUUUACCGACUUCACGAAGAAGAUCGUCAAUGAACACCGACACGUUUUCGAGCCCGAUCAUCCGCGUGACAUCAUCGAUUUGUACCUGAAGAAAAUACAAGAAGAUCAUGAGGGAGGCAUUGAAUCUUCAUUCGACGAGACAAACCUUCAUGUGUUGUGCGGAGAUCUUUUCGGGGCCAGCACCGAAACAACAAACGCCUCCCUCAAAUGGUCCAUCCUCUACAUGAUGAUACACCCCGAGGUCCAGACUAAGGUGCAAGAGGAACUAGACCGUGUCGUGGGACGAGACCGGCUCCCAGAACUAGAUGAUCGUGCUAGUCUUCCCUUCACUUUGGCAACGCUACACGAAAUCCAACGCAUGGGACACGUGUUUCCGCUUAGUAUUCCGCAUGCGUGCACCGCUGAUAUGAGAUUGGCUGACUACGAUAUUCCAGAAGGCACAUUGGUCGUGUCGAACCUUUGGCGGUUGUCACGGGACAGCAGACUCUGGUCUGAUCCGGAUGAAUUUAGGCCAGAUCGGUUUCUGAAUGAGAGUGGUGAUUGUAUUAAGCCAGAAGCACUCAUCCCAUUUAGUAUUGGAAAGAGAGUGUGCAUUGGAGAGUCCAUCGCGAGAAAAGAGAUUUUUGUCUUCUUCUCAAGCCUUCUCCACCGAUUCCACUUCUCUAUCCCCGCAGGCGGCCGUCCUCCGUCGCUCCAGGGUCGGCUUGGACUUGUCUAUGACACACAGGAUUACAUAACAUGUGCGUCUCCGAGAACGUAGAUGUCUGAUGAAACAGUACAAGAGGAAGAAUUUUAAUUUCCUUUUGUCUGUCAUGUAAUCAGAUUGGCUUGACCUCCUGGGCGACGUUUCACCUCGCUGCCUACUUCGUGUGACCUUUUAGCGUCUUCCGAAAGCGCUAUUAUAAUUAUUCCGCUAAUGAUCGCUAAACGCCGGAAAUACGUCGAUUCGAACAUACCCUAAUUAGGUCUUUACACAUAUACUGCAACGACCUUUGUAGAUGGGGGUGGGAGG